AUGUCGCCAAGAAACCUGCAAGAUGUAUUAUCCGCCGUUUGGCAAUGGGGAAAUCCAUUAAAAUGUUUAUUACUAAUCACAAUCAUAGUUGUUUGGGGUUAUUUCCUUGAUAUAUGUGGAGGGCAACCAGAUUACAUACCUGAGAUUCAAAAGUUGAUGAGUUUAGGAACAUUUAUUAUGACUAUCUCGUUUAGUCUUUUAACUCAAAUAACAUUUUCUCAUAUAUUUGCCUACGUACAAGGCUAUUUCCUACUUAGUGAACAAGGUAUUCCUUUCCAGGCUAUUAUUUGUGAAGAUUCAACCCCAUUACGUGUUUUGACAGCAUGUUUUAUUAUGUUAAGACAGAAACAUAAUAAUAUCCCUCAGUUAAUUUCAUAUUUAGGUACCUUGAUCAUAUAUAUUGCAAGUAUUGCUAUCGGCACAUAUGCCGCCACUAAGUUGGCAACUCCUUAUAUCUUUUAUGAAACUUCAAUUAAUUGGGUACAGGCUCCAACUAAAGGACUAUAUAGUAGCUUGAACAGUGCCUUUACUCCUGAAAAUCCCUUCGGAAAAAUUAAUGUAAUUCAAUUUAAUGCAUUGUCUAAUUGGAAUACAAUGACAGCUGUGGAUGGCAAUGAAAUAGCAUUUAUGCCAACAAUAUUUACAUCUACUACUCAAUUAAGCAAAAAAUUUACGGACGCUAACGGUUUGGUCAAGUGGAAAUUAGAAAAUGGAUUUAAUAAUAUUAACAUGCUCUAUUUGAAUUCUCAAUGCAGUGCUAAUGCAAAUGCACCUUGUAAAUUUAAUGUUUCUGAAACUUCAUAUAUGAAAAGUAAUUUUAAUAAAGAAAACCAAACGAUCUCAUGGUUUUUCUGUAGCACAGAAAUGAUUAUUUCAAGCCCUAUUUCCAUGCAAAUGGAUUGUAAUGUAACUAUAAAAGAAGGCAUCUUUCCUCUUGCAAUAGUUGAAUAUCCCAGUAUUGAUAAGCCUCGUGAUGAAUAUCUGUCUCAGGUUUUAUUACGAAAGAAUGAAUUAUCAGAUGCAAAAGAAAUUAAAGACGACCUAUUUACUAUAUUGGAUCAGAUUGAAUUUAAUUGGGCCGAUUUAAUUUCUAAAAAUGUUGCUCAACAGCUGUAUAAUUCUUGGGAUUGUGAACAAAAUAUUACUUGUGCUCAAAAUGCUGGAGCAGAAACAACAAUGUGUUUAGGCGGUAAUAAUCCAAUGUUUUUAAUUGGGCUAAUGAUAGCAAUACCAUUAGUAUUAAUGAUUAUUGAACUAUUGCCACUAUUGCAUCGUAACAAGAUAUGGUGGCUCGCUUCAGAUAUUAGUAAUGAUAGCUUUUCUUUAAUGCGGAGCAUUAAACCAUGUGGAAAUGAGUGGGAAAGUGUUUUACCUGAGUGUACCGCUCGUCCUAAUGAGGCUAAUUGUAAAAAAAAUGUUAGAUUUAGCACUAAAGAAAACCAUGUUGGAUUGUCAUCUGAUUUUCAGAAUUAA